AGAACGGCCUGUCAACUGCUUCCCUGCCUCUACUCUGUAGUUUAGUUGCCUGUAGUCUCUCUAUAAGCAUUUUAAGCCGUGGUCGAGACCGUACUGUCUGUGCUGUGUGUAUUCAUUAACGAUCAACCAUACCAUGUGCUGCCGCAAUGAGCUCAUACGCGGUAGUAGCAAGUGACAACCGUAACCAAACCGUGACGUUUCACUCAAUCAGGAUAACCUGACACUAUUCACACCUUUGAGCCAAUGGGAUGCCGCCAGUCAGCGACUAAACUCACGAAUUGAUGUUUUGGCGCUUCUCGGUGCAUUGUUUUGAACGUUCGGCGUUAUGACCAGAGAGCUUAUAUUUAAAAGUUAGUGCCGCGGAAUGUUGGGAUAAAAAUAUCGCGAGUCAAUGCGCUUUGGAACCCUCGAGCGGAAUAUAUCCUGCCCCGACGGACCAACACGUGGAGAUUUUAAUUAACAAUUUUACGCGAUCAUGGAUUGUCAAAACUGUCGCAACACAGUACCACAGUGCUAUUAUACCAGUUCGACGUGCCCUUGUUACAGUUCGAUUUUGAGGAGGAACUGCUGAACUAGGAUAUUUCGACGCCUUGGUGCUAAGAAGUGAUGUGAAUUUUUCAGUGCGAUAUGCCCGAAAAGGAAACGGAUUUUCAGACUGCGAUGUCUGCCGGUUUACCUCUACAGUUUCCUUCCGCAUUUGCGGCCUUCCACGCUCCUCUUCCGGUUGACCAAAGGACUCAUGAAGGGAGAUACAUAUGGGAUCCGAGGAUGCAGCCUCCUACUGCGCCUACUUUCCAUCCUCCUGCUCCUCCACCAGGAGUAAGCGGAGGUCCAGGAGGUGGAUUUCAACUUCUUGGACGGGAAUUCCACCCUGCCUACCGCCUGCCGCCCCAUAUGGAGUAUCUUUAUUCACUCCAGCAUUCUACCGCCAAUUCUAUUCAUGGCUUAGGUUUGUCAUCCGAAUACCUCAGUACACGGGGCCUUACCGAAAUCCACCCAUCUUCCACUCUGACCAGUGCAGAAUUUCCUUUUAGUAUAGAUGGAUCAAGACUGAACAGCCCUCGUCCAGGAAGUAUAAGGCAGUCCAGAAAAAGAGCGUUAUCCUCAUCGCCUUACUCCGACUCCUUCGACAUAAAUUCUAUGAUAAGAUUCUCCCCGAACUCCUUGGCGUCUAUCGUAAAUGGCUCCAGAUCUUCCAGCGCUAGUGGCUCGUAUGGCCAUCUGUCAGCAGGAGCGCUCAGUCCAGCGCUCAGCAUGCAUCAUGGCAUGCAUCUUCAGCAGAUACAAGCACACUUGAUGAGGAGCGGAGGUUCUUUGUUACCUCUUGCUCCUACAGCUCCACCACCACACCCAAUGUAUUCUUUGGGACAUCACCCCUUGCACAUAACCUCCUCCCAUAACAACUCGAAAAAUGAUCUCACAGACCACCGAAAGAAGUCCGACACAAGUACAUUGACGCAUGUUGAUGUGGAAUCUCUAUUAUCCGUCAGAAAAGUGAAGGUUAAGAAAGAACCUGCCAAUGGUAUGCAAUGUGGAUCGUCGGCAGAUGCAAACAAUGAUCAAAUGGAUCUUAAAGAUGAACCAGGCGAUUUCAUUGAAACUAACUGCUAUUGGAAAGACUGUGGUAUUGAAUUCGCAACUCAGGAUGAGCUAGUUAAGCACAUAAACAAUGGACAUAUACACGCCAACAAAAAGUCUUUUGUUUGCCGAUGGGACGGUUGUUCCAGGGCAGAAAAACCUUUCAAGGCUCAAUACAUGUUAGUUGUUCAUAUGCGAAGACACACUGGAGAAAAACCACAUAAAUGUACAUUUGAAGGCUGUGUAAAAGCUUACUCUAGGUUAGAAAAUCUGAAAACUCAUCUCCGAUCUCAUACUGGGGAAAAACCAUAUACUUGUGAAUAUCCUGGUUGUUCAAAGGCGUUCAGUAAUGCAUCUGAUCGUGCAAAACAUCAAAACCGCACCCAUAGCAACGAGAAACCAUAUGUUUGUAAGGCACCUGGUUGUACAAAACGGUAUACAGAUCCUAGUUCCCUAAGGAAACAUGUUAAAACGGUUCAUGGAGCUGAGUUCUAUGCUAACAAGAAGCAUAAGGGAAUAGAUGGCGGUUCAGAUGAUGGUCCUGCUGGGCUGGACUCUAGCCCUCGAAGUGAAGAUAUGCAAAGUCACAAAACAGCUAGUCUCAGUAGUCCAAGCAUCAAAUCUGAGUCUGAUGUCAAUUCACCUGGCCAACAACAAGGAAGUCCACUUGGAAUAACCCAACUAGCUGGAAACUGUAAUGAUGAUUUCUCUAAUGAUCUAUCACCUGGAAUGCAGAGAUCCUCAGGUGCAAUGGAUGAUCCAUCAUGGCCUUAUGAGGCGGAAGAUCUAGAGAUUGAUGACCUUCCUGUUAUUCUACGUGCAAUGGUAGGAAUAGGAUCCGAAAGAGGAGGAGGUGGAGGAGUAGCAGUGAGUGAAAGGCCAAGGACAAGGUUGAAACCGAGAAUCCAGAUAAAACCUCCUUUAUCUCCAAUGUUACCUCCCCAAAGAAAAAAUAUCGGUAUCACUGAUUUGAAUAAGAGAAUAACAGACUUGAAGAUGGAAAAUGGAGUGAACACACAGAUUCAACCCAAAUCUCCAAUUACAGAUUUACAACACAGGAUGCAGCUGAAUAACACUCAAGUGCAGAUAAGAAGGGACAGCAAUUCAACUGUCAGUUCUUAUUACGGCAGUAUGAGAAGCGCGGAUAUGAGCAGAAAAAGUAGUUUGGCCUCUCAAGGUUCUAGUUUGAGACCAGGAAUUGGUCCUAGCUCGUUUUACGACCCAAUAUCUGCGGGAACAUCAAGAAGAUCUAGCCAACUUUCAACCAACACCAAUGGUGGUAGUUGUAUACCACCUGCUCCUCCAUCUCAGUUACUAGCUGGCCACUUACAAAGAUUGCAGAAUUCCUGCAAUAAACACACGAAUAAUUUAGUGCUUCAGACCCAAAGUGCGUCGCUCCAACAAACUGCUGCCCAACAAACCUGGUUGAAUAACUUGGAAAAUUUAACCAGCUCGAAGACAACAGUUAGUACAGAAGGCAGGAGGAUGUCCGAACCCUGUCAUACAAUUAGUGAUCGAAGAAGCCCUCCGCCAAGACCGUCAUCUGUGACGUUAUCACCACUAAAAGGAUCUACCAGCCUGACAGACUUACAUCCCAACCAAGCAGUCAACUUGGACGAAGUGGGAGAAAGUGAAAUGGUCGAGAAUAAACUUGUCAUCCCAGAUGAAAUGGUGCAUUACUUGAAUCAAGUUGCAGACACACAAAUCGGAUCCGAGUUCAACACAAACAUGAGUUGGAGCGAAACAGUCCCCAAACCACUCCCGAGUCCUAGUCAGAUUUUACCUUCUCCAGCCAGUUUGAAUCAAGUUAUACCAUCUUCAAAUCUCAACCAGUUGAUGUCACCUCAAAACACCAAUUUGAUGUCACCACAAGGAGUGAGCCAAGUUAUGCCAUCACCAGGAGGUCUGAAUCAGAUGAUUUCUUCUCCGGGAAACCCUAGUUUGAACCAAAUGUUACCGUCGCCUUCGUCUAAUGUGAAUAACAUGAUGAACUCUCCUAGUAUGAAUCAAGUGAUGCCUUCGCCUGGUUCGAAUAUGAGUCAGAUGAUUCCAUCUCCGAUGUCAAAUUUAAACCAAAUGGCAUCACCAAUGUCCAAUUUGAGUCAGAUGGUUGGAUCUCCGCAGAAUAUCAACCAAGUUCCCGCUUCUCCAGGAUAUAAUAAUAUUCAGAAUCCGUUGAUGUCUCCCAUUUCGAACGUGAGCCAAAUGAUGUCGCCGUCUGGAAUGGUUCCUUCGCCGAUGAGAUGUCCUCCUCAGACGAUAAUGUCGCCUAAUAAUCAAAGCCAGAUGAAUACAAUGUUGAAUAGACCGCAGCAAUUGAUGCCCCAAAAUAUGCCGAAUAACGGAGAGCAGCAAAUGAAUAUGAAUUACUGUUACAGUCAGAACGUGCCAAACAACAUGAAUCAUAAUAUGUGUUACAAUAUACAACAUAGGCAGGGUAAUGUUUGGAGUAAUCAAGCCGGACAAACCGUACCGGCUCAAAUGUGUCAUCCGAACUCUAUUUCGCACCAAAAUACUCACCACAACAUGUGUUCCCAAUACAUGAAUCAGUGCCAACCCCAAAUUCACGCUUCGAACAAUUUCAAUAUGUGCAACCAGAAUUACAUGCAGAACAAAUGCCAGAGUGAGGCCUCUAAUAAUAUGAGCUGCCCUAGUAAUGCCAGCAUGUAUCAAUUCAGAGGUGCGAAUUAUCACAAUUGUGUGCCGAAUAAUAAUAACAAGCCUCUAUCGUCGCACGCCAUGGCAACUCCAGUUCCGACAGAGCAUUCGUAUCAGAACCAAAAUUUCGUAGAAAGAUCGAAAUGCCAUCAUUCCCAAAAUUGUUACCAACAGUCAGUGUAUAAUAACAUGUGUGUGUCGAAUUCUCAACACAUGAUGCCCCAAAGCCAGAUGUGUACGAACUGUAACUGUCAAAGACAGCAGAACUAUCCGCAGAAGUGUUUAGAUGGUGCGUUGAGCAAUAGUGAAAUACAGUGCAAGGACAUAAGUCAGUCUCAAAUGUCGCCUGGAAUACUCAACCAAAACCAUGCGAAAGAAACGCACAACACUAAUAUGAACUCUAAUAGGGGUGGAAAUAAUGGUGUUCAAGCGAUUGGUAUGCGCCAAGAUACUUAUCAGAGGACUUUGGAGUACGUUCAAAAUUGCCAAUCGUGGGUAGGCAACUCUGACGUUGUUACUAGCAGUACUCAUCCUUUGGCAAAAAUCAAAGGGGAAGAAGCUUGUUCCAACAUGGUGGUUAACGAUAUGACAUCAUCUCUGAGUUCUCUUUUGGAGGAAAAUAGAUAUUUACAAAUGAUUCAAUAAGGAGUCUGGAAUUGUAUCGUACAAUAUCUAGACGGUAAUUUUUAUUACUGUCGAAUUCUAUUUUUAAAUGUCAAAAAUAAGUAUAUAUGGAAAAAUCAAGUUGUAAAAAAAAUCGUUAUUAAUAUCAUAAAUGUUGAAUUUAUCGAAAAUUUCUGUUAGAAAUUCUGUUGUGAUCUUUUUACCCAUACAUACUUUCCUUAUAGUAAUACUUUCUUUGUAAAAUUUUGUGAUAUAGGUAUUGAGCAAUAUUUAAUGUUAGAAAUGGCUUUAAAAUUGUACAUAAUUAUGUUAUUUUAUCUAAUGUACACAAAUUUGUCCAUAGUAGUUCAAUAUUGAUGUUAAAUUAUGUAGAUUAAAAAUUAUCGAUUGAAAAUUGGCUACUCUGUGCCAUGUAAUGAUUUAUACUCAUAUAUUUUAAGAAGAAUUGUUUUCAAGAUUUAAAAAUAUAUUUUGUAAUUGCGUUUUUGAUAAUUACUGAAUAAAAUACGCUUUAAAUAUGUAA